GCCCUCGGUGAAGACUUGUAACCGUUUUGGGAGCGCAUUCACAAGUCAGUGGAUACGAGAAAAAACCACCCGCUUCGCAAGUCUGAUCGCUCUGCUUUCGUUUGGCGCUUCACUUCUCGUUCAAGCUGUGCAGGUUCAGAUCAGAUUGCGUCUUGUUGACGAAUUGUCAGCUCACAGCUCACAGUUCUGAAGAGCACCUUCGAGGCUUCUUCUCUUAAAAGGACUCCAUUGAGCAGGGUUCAGUGCGGCGAUCCGCCUUGUUUUUGCCCAGUCUGCAAUCAUGCAGGCCCCUGUGAUGGUGCUCAAUGCAAACACGAAGCGGGAAAGUGGGAGGAAGGCUCAAUUGGGGAACAUUGCAGCCGCCAAGGCUGUUGCUGACAUCAUCAGGACAACUUUGGGGCCUCGGUCAAUGUUGAAGAUGCUCCUUGAUGCCACUGGUGGAAUCGUCCUCACAAACGACGGGAAUGCGAUCUUGCGAGAGAUCGAUGUUUCUCACCCUGCUGCCAAGUCAAUGAUCGAGCUCAGCAGGACGCAAGACGAACAAGUGGGAGAUGGGACCACAUCAGUAAUCAUCCUAUCUGGAGAAAUGCUCCAUGUCGCUGAGCCGCUCCUCGAAAAGAACUUCCACCCCACCGUCAUAUGCCGAGGCUACCUAAAGGCUCUCGAUGAUGCUAUCGCAACAAUCGAUAGGAUCUCCUUCCCAAUAGAUACAAAUGAUCGGCAACAGAUGAUCAACAUCAUCCAGAGCUGCAUAGGGACGAAGUUCACGAACAGAUUCGGAUCUCUGAUGUCGGAGCUCGCUUUGGACGCCGUCCAAACAGUGUCCGUGGACCUAGGGGCCGGUAAACGGGAGAUCGACAUCAAGAAGUAUGCCAAGAUCGAAAAGAUUCCGGGGGGCCGGAUCGAGGACUGCCGCGUGCUGAAGGGGGUCAUGUUCAAUAAGGACGUGGUGGCCCCCGGCAAGAUGAAGCGGCGGAUCGAGCACCCCCGGAUCAUGCUGCUCGAUUGCCCCCUCGAGUACAAGAAGGGGGAGAACCAGACGAACGUCGAGCUAACCAAGGAGGAGGACUGGGCCACGCUGCUGCAGAUGGAGGAGGAGUGGAUUCAAAAGACGUGUAAGCAGAUUGCCAGCUUCAAGCCGGACGUGGUGAUCACGGAGAAGGGGCUCAGCGACCUCGCCACACACUUCCUGAGCAAGGCCGGCAUCACGGCGAUCCGCCGCAUCCGGAAAACGGACAACAACCGUAUCGCUCGGGCCGUGGGCGCGACGAUUGUGAACCGGCCGGAGGAGCUCAAGGAGAGCGACAUUGGCACGGGCGCGGGCUUGUUCGAGGUGCAGAAACUGGGCGACGAGUACUUCACCUUCAUCGUCGACUGCGAGAACCCCAAGGCGUGCACCGUCCUGCUGCGGGGCGCCAGCAAGGACGUGCUUAAUGAGGUGGAGCGGAAUCUGCACGACGCCAUGGGCGUGGCUCGGAACGUGGUAAUUGAUCCGAAGCUCGUCCCGGGGGGCGGCGCCGUGGAGCUCUCUGUGGCUGCGGAGAUCAAAGAAAAGGCGGAGGCCAUCGAGGGUGUCGAGCAGUACCCGUACAAGGCGGUGGGGCAAGCCCUGGAGGUGAUCCCCCGAACGCUCGCGCAGAACUGCGGUGUCAACGUCAUCAGGGUCAUGACGGCGCUGCAAGCCAAGCACGCCAAUGGCGCCAACACGACCUUCGGCAUCAACGGCAACACGGGCGAGAUCGUGGACAUGAAGGAGCUCGGCGUGUGGGAGCCUUAUGCGGUAAAGGUACAGACGAUCAAGACUGCGAUAGAAGCGGCGUGCAUGCUACUCCGGAUCGACGAUAUCCUGAGCGGCAUCAAGAAGAAGCAGGCCGGGGGGGCUCCGGGUCCGAAGACGCAGACCGACGAUGGAGAAGGAGUGGACUCAGAAGCAGCGCUCCCAGAAUGAUCACAAGGACUCUUCUGGAUGUGUUUGCUUCAUUAUACAGAGUUCUAUUCAACGAAGCAUUGGUUUUUUCGAAACCUCAUCUCUUGCCACCCUAUGCUUGUGUCGGCUUCCUUGUUGAAUCUGAGCUGAGAUGCGGUUCGGGUAGCUCAGAGCAACUGGCCCAUGAGCACUUGUCAGCAUUUCUCGUGAGAUUAGUUGGACCCCUUGCGCUUGAUUGCAACAGCAAUCGGAAGUCCAAAAUCCGG